AUGGAAGUUUACAAAAGUGUUUACGACUUGAUGCUCUCCAAAGCAAUCUACUACGGCUAUGUUAAACAACAAGUACAUGAUAUUUUAACUGAAAGUCAUGAUCGGGUCGAUCUAAGUAUGCUCAAAAAUAUUCCAGAUGCGGAGAGAUAUUGGAUGGCAGAGCGAUGGACCUGGGAGACACUUUGUCAGUAUCUCUUGCUCGAUCAACUGGGUGAAGAUACAAAUAUUUUCGUAGUUGCCGACGAGUCGGAUGAAUUUCCAGGAGAGAAACCCAAAUGGAAGAGAGUGACCCAUUAUUUGAAGCACAAAUCACCAGCGACGGGAGAAACACCGAAAAGUACUCAAGUUGAAGCCAGUGAUUCAACUACAUCGCCAAAUUCAGAACUCGAAAAUCGUCUUACUGCGCGACCACAGAAUCUGGACGGCAAGACUUCUGAAGUUAAACUUUCUGUGCCAAAAAGAAUUGUUUGCGUCGAUACACGUCCCGAGGUAUCUGGCGGCAAACAAGCUCCAAAAUCAGCAACUGGACUGCUAACAACUUCAUCAACAUCGUCUUCAUCAGAGAGAGAGAGUCAAACAAAUGACAGAAGCUCACCUAAAACUCUGAAGCCGCCAUUGGGAAGGAUUCCAAGCUCCCGGGAAGACUUUCAUUCACAAUCCCUCCGCUUGUUAAAGUAA